AUGGCUUCCAGACGAGUACUGCUUUCGACCGCCGCGCGGCCCAUCGCGGCUGCCCGCCCCGCCCUCCGCUCCUCCACGCUGCAGGCUCGCUGCAUCUCCGUCUACGGCUACGAGCAAACAAAGGCAUUGGCUUUCGAGAAGUACGGCGAGCCGCAGGACGUUCUGCGCCUACACCAGCACUCAAUCUCGCCCGCGCAUGGCGACAAGCUGACGCUGCGCUUCCUCGCCGCGCCCAUCAACCCGGCCGACAUCAACCAGAUCCAGGGCGUGUACCCGUCCAAGCCGACAUUCACCACCGAGCUAAGCACACCAAACCCGAUUGCUGUGGGCGGUAAUGAGGGCGUAGCCGAGGUUCUGUCUGCAGGCUCCGGCGUCAAGGGUCUCAGCCGAGGCGACUGGGUCAUCAUGAAGCAGCCGGGCUUCGGCACCUGGCGAACACACGCGCAGACGGACGCGUCGAACCUGCUGAAGAUCGAGAACAAGGACGGCCUGACGCCGAUCCAGGCCGGCACCGUCAGCAUCAACCCAUGCACGGCGUACCGCAUGCUGCGCGACUUCUCCGACAUGAAGGAAGGCGACUGGUUUGUGCAGAACGGCGCCAACUCGGGCGUCGGCCGCGCCGCAAUCCAGCUCGGCAAGCUCUGGGGCUACCGCAGCAUCAACGUGAUCCGUGCGAGACCGGAGGGUACCGACGCGCUGAAGCAGGAGCUGCUGGACCUCGGCGCGGAUGUUGUCGUGACGGACGAGGAGCUGCAGGAGAAGGGCUUCGGCGAGCGUGUCAAGGAGUGGACCAGCGGCGGCCGCGACCGUGUCCUGCUCGGCCUCAACUGCGUCGGCGGCAAGCCUGCCACGUCCCUCGCGAAGCUGCUCUCGCCUGAGGCGCACUUCGUCACCUACGGCGGCAUGUCGAAGCAGCCCGUCCAGCUGCCCACCGCCCUGCUCAUCUUUAAGAACAUCCACUUCGAUGGCUUCUGGGUCAGCCAGUGGGGCAAGAAGCACCCCGAUGAGAAGAAAAAGACGGUCGACCACGUGCUAGAUCUGAUUCGUGAAGGCAAGUUUAAAGAUGUGCCCGUGGAUGAGGUCAAGUGGGAGUGGAAGACGGAACAGGAGACGCUGGUCAAGGCUGUACAGGGCACGCUUAGUGGAUUCAGAUCUGGUAAGGGUGUUUUUGUCUUUGGAGAGACGUAA